AUGGAACAUGAGGCUACCCAGCUAGAAAAGCAGCACGUGCAUAAUGUGUAUGAAAAUACAGCUGCCUACUUUAAUGAUCUGCAGAGCAAAGCAUGGCCUCGUGUUCGAAACUUUCUGCUGGAGCAAAAGCCUGGCAGUCUUGUUGCUGAUAUAGGUUGUGGAACUGGAAAGUAUCUCAGUGUCAACAGUCAGGUGUAUAAUCUCGGCUGUGAUUACUGCAGACCAUUGGUAGAAAUUGCAAGGAAGAAAGAUGAUGAAGUUCUGGUAUGUGACAACCUUAACCUUCCCUUUAGGGACCAGUGCUUCAAUGCAGUCAUUUCCAUUGGAGUGAUCCAUCAUUUCUCAACUAAACAAAGAAGAAUCAAAGCAAUAAAGGAAAUGGCAAGGGUAUUGAUACCUGGAGGCCAGAUGAUGAUUUAUGUUUGGGCUAUGGAACAAAAGAAUCGUCGCUUUGAGAAACAGGACGUAUUUGUUCCUUGGAACAAGGCCUUGUGCUCACGGCAUUUUUCAGAAUUGAAUCAAUCUGGAGAUAAGGGUGAGUUUGUGCAUGCUGUAAAAAGCCAAGACAUACACCCUGCACAGCUAGUCAUCUCUGACUGCAGCUACCAAACCAAUCUGCAGCCAGAAACGGAUUCAAAACAUUCCCACAGUACGGACUAUUGCUUAUCCAGAGCCUGCUGCAUGAAAAUUUCUGAAGAAGAAAACAGAUUUUACAGUGCUCUAGGAAGAUCUUUCCGCUCAUGGUUUUUCUCCAGAUCCCUUGAUGAAUCAGCCCUGAGAAAGCAAACCGACAAAAUGAAACCUCUGAAGAAUGAAGCAGAAUGGGCAAACAGUACUGUACCCAUUCAGCAUUCACGACACUGCAGUUUGGAUUUAGGUCACCACGGGGCACUGUUGAAAGAACAAAGUUUAGAUGAUGAUGAUGUGUUCGUGGAAAGCCUGUCCCUCAAAAAACCACAGUGGUCACCAGCCACAGAUGCACUGAAGGAUUUAAGUUUAAAUGGAGGACACCAAAGUGUAGCUCAGAGCAAGAGUGAAGAAGCUUCAUUUAUAAAUGGCCCAGUGGAAGACAGGGACUACAGCUGCAGUUGUAAUAAAGGUGGUGCUGGUAAGUCUAAUGCCAGCAAGUUUUUCAAAAGAACUUCAACAACUGACUCCACUGACUCUGCUUUGGAUUCAGCAGUGUCUGUUGGGAACCAAACUGAUGCCAUGUUGGAUACAAAAGCCUUCAUGCGUUAUUAUCAUGUUUUUCGGGAAGGGGAACUGUGCUCUCUGGUAGAAGAGAACGUGCCUGAGCUUCAGAUACUUUCUUCCUGCUAUGACCAUGGAAACUGGUGCAUUAUUGCAGAGAAAAGAGGAACAUAG